GCGAGUGAAGAAAGGGCUGAUGCUCCGGCGUUCGCAUGCGCCGUGUGUAGUGUUUUCUUCCGCCCGGCCUGGUGUGGCGGUGUGAUGUUGCACGUGGGAUGGCGUGCUCCUUGUUCUAAGCAGAAGCUGCCCUAACUGGUGGUUGUGGCGGACGAUAGAGGAGGAUGUGGGGCGCGGCGAUGGGGCUGCCUCCGCGGCUGGCGCUGUCAAUGCUGGCUGGUCCCGGUCGCUCUUGCGUUCUGGGGUCUGGAGCUGCGACGCGGAAGGACUGGCAAGCGAGGAACCGUCGUGGCUUCUCUGAGUUCUACCUGCAGCCGUUAUUUGAUCCUGAUGUAGAGGAGUCACCCUUUUAUGCAUUCAAGGGUCGAGCCGAGCCUUUGCGUCACGUAGCAAGUAAGAAAUUGGCCAAGAACCUGGCACGACACCUGCUGGGGUUCCAAAAACCAUCCCGUCAACUUAUACUAGAGUGCAACCCAGGUCCUGGAGUCCUGACUGAGGCAUUACUUAGAGCCGGUGCUAGAGUGGUUGGCUUUGAAAGUGAAAAGUCUUUUAUUCCACAUUUAAAGUCCUUAAGGAAGUAUAUGGAAGGAGAGCUGCAAGCGGUUCACUGUGACUUCUUUAAAAUGGAUCCUAGACAUCAGGAAAUAAUAAAACCGAAAUACAGCUCACAGGUCAUUUUUCAGGAUUUGGGAAUACAAGCGGCUUCUUGGACAGCAGGUGUUCCUAUAAAAGUAUUUGGAAUCUUACCUAAUAAAUACGGAAGACGAAUACUUUGGAAAACUCUGUUCGAUCUGUAUUCCUGUGACUCUAUAUUCAGAUACGGACGAAUAGAGCUGAAUCUGUUUGUUACGGAAAAAGAAUUCCAGAAACUGAUAGCAACUCCUAAAAGGCCAGAUUUAUACCAGGUAUUGAGUGUGCUUUGGCAAGUGGCUUGUGAUAUUAAGUUUAUUCUCAUGGAACCUUGGUCGUCGUUUAGUGUAUAUACUGAAAAUGGGCACUUAGAGAAGACAAAGCUUAAGGAAUCAUUAAAAUCAAUGAAACAAAAUCUAUAUUUUAUUCAAAUGACUCCUCGUAAAGGUUUAUUUACAGAACACUUAAGUCCAUUGAAUUAUGAUAUAUUUUUCCACAUGGUAAAGCACUGCUUUGGGAAGCGCAGUGCCCCAAUAAUACAACAUUUAAGUUCAUUGAGCACAGUUGAGCCAAUUGAUGUACUGAGGCAGGUGAGACUAAACCCUGGAGCGACAAUUCUUCAAAUGUAUCCUCAAGACUUCAAAAGACUGUUUGAAACUAUAGAGCGUUCUGAGGACACUAUCUUUAAAUGGAUCUACAAUGAAAGCUUGGAGGACAUUCGGGCCUAGGCAAACAGUCUACAAGCCAUGAACUGGAGCUGCUUAUCUAUUUAUUUGGAAAUUAUGAGACAAAUGAAAACUGAAUUUCAAGAAGUUAACACCCUUUCAACAGAAGAGAAAUUAUCCUCGUCUGGCACAAAUGGGGCUGGUACUUUCUUCUGAAGUUGAUACCUUUUGACACACUGGAAAAGACAGUGGCUGUGGUUUUAUUCAAAACUGAAUAAAAUAUAAAGUUCUCAGUU